AAACUGAUUUAUUUGCUGAGUUUAUACAUUUACAUUUAACCUUAAAAUGAAUAGAAAUAUACACAUGUUGACCUUUCACUCGUUUAAUAAUGAAGAUGAUGAUUCUUCUCUGCUUUAGUUUGAACUCAAACGCGGCGCUGAAGUUAUAAAUCACCGCCUGACGGUAAAUCACGAUCCACAGUACCAGAACAAGAUGGCGGCAGCAACAGUGAUGCCGCACUUCGGACAGCAGAUGUCUUCUCAAAUCGAGCUGGUCCCGGACUGGACCAGCCAGGAAGUUAGCACCGGGACCACCAUCAUGGCGGUGGAGUAUGACGGAGGAGUGGUGAUCGGGGCCGACUCGCGCACCACCACCGGAGCUUACAUCGCUAACAGAGUAACGGACAAACUGACACCCAUCCACGACCGGAUCUUCUGCUGCAGGUCUGGAUCAGCUGCUGACACUCAAGCCAUAGCUGAUGUGGUGACCUACCAGCUGGGCUUCCACAGCAUCGAGCUGGACGAGCCCCCAUUGGUGGAGACGGCUGCCAAUCUGUUCAGAGCCAGUUGCUACCGCUACAGGGAGGAGCUGACGGCCGGCAUCCUGGUGGCGGGAUGGGACCGCCGCCUGGGGGGGCAGGUGUACUGCGUGCCCAUUGGAGGGAUGCUGGUGAGGCAGCCCGUGUCGGUGGGCGGCAGCGGCUCCUCCUACAUCUACGGCUUCAUGGACGCCAACUACAAGCCUCACAUGAACAAGGACCAGUGCCUGGAGCUCACGGCCACAGCCGUUGCCCUGGCAAUGGAGCGAGACGGCUCCAGCGGCGGCGUGGUGAGGCUGGCCAGCAUCUCUGAGUCCGGAGUGGAGCGCCGAGUCAUCCUGGGGAACCAGCUGCCCAAGAGCUCCGCCCACUGACUGUUCAGCUGCUGUGUGUCAAUAAAGUUUUGAUUGUU